AUGAGCGGCAGGAAGCGGCUGCAGCAGCUGCUGGACUCGCUGGGCCGAUCCGCCAAGCACUUUUCCAAGGCCGAAGUGCGGUGCCUGGUGAUGCUGUUCGACUCGCUGGUGCCCAGGUCCAGCAGCCGUUGCGGCGCGGUGGGGCUCGGCCGCGCCGUGUUCAGGGACACCCUGCACUGCGCCCUCGGCCUGACCGACGAUGUGCUCGCGGACGAAGUGUUCAGAGUUUUUGACAGAGACAGAGAUAAGUGCAUCAGUGUGGUGGAAUGGGUGGAAGGCUUAUCCAUAUUUCUUCGGGGGACAUUGGAAGAAAAGAUUAAAUACUGUUUUGAGGUUUAUGACCGAAAUGGUGACGGAUACAUUUCGAGAGAGGAAAUGUUUCACAUGCUGAAAAACACCCUUGUCAAACAACCAUUAGAAGAAGAUUCUGAUGAGGGCAUCAAGGACUUGGUAGAGAUCGCACUGAAGAAAAUGGACUAUGAUCACGAUGGCAAGCUUUCUUUUGCGGACUUUGAAAAAGCAGUCAGAGAUGAAAACCUUCUCUUAGAAGCCUUUGGACCAUGUUUGCCAGACAUAAAGAGCAUCAUGGCAUUUGAGCAGAAAACCUUCCAGGAAGCUCAUAAACAGUAA